AUGGCUGAACUUUUUUUACAGAAUUACAAUAAUCCCAAACUUCAAAUACACAAUUUAUUAAAUACGAAACGAAUGCAAGGAAUAAAAGAAAAUCAGGAAAGACUUAUUCCAAUCAUAGAAAGUAUAAUAUUUUUGGGAAGACAAAACAUCCCCUUUCGAGGGCAUAGAGAUGAUGGCCAACUAGAUUUACCGUCUACCAUUGAAGAUGGAGGAAGUUCAAUAAACGAAGGUCAUUUUAGAGAGCUUUUAAAAUUUCGAGUCAAAGUCGGAGAUUCUACGCUUGAAAAUCAUCUGAAGAUAUCUUCUUCGAAGGCAACAUACAUUAGUAAAACAAUACAGAACGAAUUAAUUGAGUUAUGUGGUAAAGAAAUUUUAGACAGUAUUUUAAAUAAAAUUACAGACACGGUUAUCUUUUACAGCAUAGUUUUUGAUGAAACCUUAGAUGUGUCUAAACGAUCACAAAUUAGUUUAGUCAUAAGAUAUAUUGAUGAAAUAACAAUUAGAGAAGAUUUUGUGACAUUUGUUGAUGCAUUUGACGAAGCUCGACUUAUUCAACUAAAGAGUUAUUAUAAUAAAUUAAGUGAUGACGAAGAAGUAAAUAAUGAUAGUACCUUAGAUAAUUAUGAAAGUUGCAAGAAAAUAGAAAAAAUAUCGAUAACUGGGAAAAUGCUAGGGCAAAUUGUUUUAAAUCAACUGAGAGAAAUGGGUCUGAAUCUUAACAAGUGUGUAGGUAUUGGUACCGAUGGCUGUAGUGUUAUGACAUCAGAAGUUUGUGGAGCUGUAGCUGUAAUUAUAAAAAGUUCACCGAAUGCCCGUAGAUGUCCAUGUUACAAUCAUUCUCUUAAUAUUUCGAUUUCAAAAUCAAAUAAAGUUCAAAGUCUACGAAAUUUAGUUGGAAUUAUUAAAGAAGUGGUUGGUUUUUUUUCUGUGUCAGCAAAACGUACUGUAGUUUUGAAGAAAUAUAUUGGGCAUCAGCUAACAGGAUUAUGUGAAACGAGAUGGAUUGAGAGGCAUGAAGGGGUUACUAGAUUUUUACAAGACAUGCCUAAAACUAUUAAUACAUUAACUGAAAUUACAACAUGGAAAGAUUCCCAAACUUCUGGAAAAGCAAAAAUACUUUCUUGUGCAUUUGCUCAAUUUCACAUAUUGUCUGAUCAAAAUUUUCCAGAAAAAAAUUUAGAUUUGAGUACAGCAGCAAAUACUAUUAAAGAUACAUUACAAGUUCUUUCGAAAUGUCGUGAAAAUGUUGACACAGAAUUUUCAAAUAUUUUUAAAUUAUCUGAAGACUUAGCAAAAAUUAUCGAUGUAGAAUUACGAUUGCCUAGAAUAUUUGGUGAAUACUACAUUUGGAAAGAAAAAUGGAUACGUGAUUAUCAAAAGGAUUCUUCAGUAAUUUCUAAGCACGCCAUUGAAGUAUUACAGAAUUGUGAUGAAGACAUUUUUCCUUUAAUAAAUAAAAUACUAAAAUUAUUAAUUACAUUGCCCAUUAGUAAUUCUAGUUCUGAAAGAACAUUCUCUUCAUUACGGCGUCUUAAAACAUGGUUAAGAUCAACAAUGUGUGAAACACGCUUGACUGGACUUGCAUUAUUGAACAUCCAUAGGGACAUAGACAUCGAUGUUGAAAAAUUAAUUGAACGUUUCUCCAAAAGCAAAAGAAAAAUUCCAUUUGCAAUUUGA